AUGAAUUGGAACCCGUUUGCACAGAGUACUCCUCAAUUACCACUUUAUCUAGAACAUCUGAAAAAUGGAUUCGAUGAGUUGGUAACAAAACUUGCAACUGGUGAUUAUGAGGCUGUUCAAGAAGAACCACUCAAAAAUGCAAUCAGAGCGGAAUUAGAGAAAAUGGAUUAUGAACAACUGAAAAUCACCUAUGAAUCAGUACUAGUUAUCAAAAAAGCUACGCAUGGAAUUCAAAACCGAGGUAUUCCAGCAAUCCCCAAAAUGGAACAACAAAGAAAAGAUUCAUGGGAUUCGAGCUUUGAAUAUGGAAAAAUGACCGAGAACCCUACUCCUGAAAUGGAUGAGUUCAUCGAUUUUUUACUGAAUUCUACAUUUGACUCAAACGGCAGUGCUGGAAAAGUUGUAACAAAGUUGAUAUCGAACAACACGUCACCGGUAUACAAUUCGCAUUUAACAGAAAACAUUCAAUCACUGCUGAAUGGAAAAAGCUUAGGAGAAUUGAAGGAAGUGUUCCAGACUGCUGUUGCCAUUCGAAUAAUCACAAACAACAUACCAAUUUUAAGAGGAGAUCAUCAACAUAUGGGACCUGCUCACUCGUCGACGGAAAGCACAUUGAGCGAACAACAAAGACGUCAGAAAGAGAUGAAAAUUCAAGUGAAUAAUUUCUUCGAACGGUUGAUAGAAAAUAAGAAGAAGAUUGUUGAUUUGAUCAGACAUGAAGAAAAAAGUGUCAAGAGCAGUCUAGCCUCGUCGCUGCCACUUAUCAAAAAUCAUGUGAAAUCCCCCGAGGAGAAAGUGAUGGAAGGAAUACAGGCAAAACUGCGUGAAAUGAAACCGAACGAAUUAGACGUUUUGUAUGAUGCUAUUCGUUGCAAGCGGCCACAAUCCACUAAUCUUCCAAUUGGUACACAAGGUAUUCUAAUACAGUAA